AUGGAGAGAGACAGUGACGACUACGCGAGAGUGAAGAGGUGUCGUCUCAAAUACGGCGGGGAGAGUGAGGACUACGACGACAGCUUCAACAGCGACACAGACACCGACCACGCCCCCUCGUCCAGAACAGAGAGCUCCUCCCACCUCGACGACGCCCACCACACGCCCCUAAACUCAAGGAACCACCACCACAACCUCCUGUACGUGGCCUCCGACGCCAGCACGGUCGCUUCACCCCUGCAGGAGAGGAAGAGCCUCCCCCGCCGCUCCCGAUCCAGGUCCAGCGGGAGUGGGAACUACGCCGCGCUGGGUGCCGGCAACAUGGGGUUAGUAAACUCCUGCAAGGGUGGCGCGGCGGUCGGCACAGGCGUCAUGACAACGGGCGGCAAAGCUCGCUCCCACGCCCACAGCCAAUCCGCUCACCACACCAAAAGUUCCGAGGGUCUGGAGAUGAGUGAAACGGAGGUGGACCGAGACAACAGACGGCGAAUUAAUGACAACAGAAGACGCCACACUAGCUUCUCCAUCGCUGUUUAGCGGCUCCGUGAUGCUUUUCUAGCCUAGUUAGCUGGGACGUGAUCUGUGUGUGUGUGUGUGUGUGUGUGUGUGUGUGUGUGUGUGUGUGUGUGUGUGUGUGUGUGUGUGUGUGUGUGUGUGUGUGUGUGUGUGUGUGUGUGUGUGUGUGUGUGUGUUCUAGGGAUGCCGUGUAUAACAGAUAAAUUAAUUGAAUGGAUGAAACCAAUUACUGUUUUCUUUAUUUUUUCUUGUAAAAACUGCAUAAAUAUUUUGGACCUAAGCCCCACCAAGGGGUCAGCCUGCCUCGUCCCAAGACAGGUCCCGUCUGCCUGACAGUCCAAAUCGUCCCCAAGUGCCAGCAGCUUUACGGGGCUUAGUCUUGGUCAGAUAGAGAAUGUCGCGCCUCUUAGUCUUGGGAGAAGUGUAAGGUAUGUGUUGUCUGUCCCUUCAUGAGGCAGUGUAUAUACGUACGUGUGUGUGUGUGUGUGUGUGUGUGUGUGUGUGUGUGUGUGUGUGUGUGUGUGUGUGUGUGUGUGUGUGUGUGUGUGUGUGUGUGUGCGUGAUUCCCUCGAUGACGGGUGCUUUCUAAAGUGUAUUGGGUAUUUAAUGGACGUCAAAGACGAAAUGUUAAGUGUUCAGUAAAUUAAAUUUAUAUUUCUAUUGUAUAUCCAUGGCGUUGUCGGUGUCCUUGAUGUACAUAAGACUUUAAAUUUUAUCCGAAAUAAUAUGAAAAAUGUUACUAUAUACAGUAUAUAUAUAUUAUUCGCAAAAGAUAAUGGCUUCCAUUGUACAAUACUGUCGUUAAUGUUAAGGACAUGUACAUAAAUCUGAAAUUAAUCCAAA